AUGUUUCUGUUCAUCGAACCCCUGCGACAGGCCGCCAUCGGGAACCGGUCGCGCAGGUUUGAGGCAGUCGCCUCUGCAGCUUGUCGUUUCCCGCUCAAGAUGAAGGCGAUCUACUGCCUCUUCCUCCUCGCUGCAGCUCUUGGCUGCGACGCAGAGCAACAACCUCUCAAAUCAGAUCCCGCGUGGCCGUCGCUGCGCGCCGUUGUGCACCUCCGCGGGCCUUCUGAGGCGUCUGACUCCCGCCACGAUGAAGCGAACGAAAGUUACUUCGAAGAGGGCAAAUCGAGGGAUCAGGCCGUCGAUCAGGACUCGCACCUGGAACAGCAAAACACCAGCUCUGCUGACCAGGAAGCCCGUCACUUCUCCGCGCUCCAGGUCAACCAGAAAGCGACCACCUCAGAGCUUCAGUCUGGCGCCGUGCCGCAGCCUGAGCAGUGUUCGUGUGAAUUUGCGGGCAGCUGCCUCCCCAAGGGGUCGUGCCUCGCGGUCGCCUUCACGCUCGUCCUCGCGACCAUCGUCUUCAUUAUCGUCCUCGCUUGGCUCCUUCAGUGGAUCAUCGCCAUUCCCUCCGAGUGGAUUCUGGCGAAGCACCUGCCCAAGCACAGGAGGCCGACUGCAGCUGGAGCCCAGCCGGCGAAAGGAGACGAGACCGAGGCGCGCGGCCUCCUCGCGGACGACGAGGCUGCCAAGCGCGGAAACCAAUCCGCGCCAUCGGACGAGGAGCAAGAGGAGAUGGAGAGAGCUCGACGUGCAGGCCCUUCAGGCGUCCCUCCGCCGUCUCCUACGGAGAGCGGGCGGCUGUGA